ACCAUAUAUCAGAGUUAUUACAAUCAAUAUGCUUAAAAUAUCCAUCUUUCAAUUUAUUUUCAUUUAGAUUUCAAAUGCCGGUUUCUCUCAUAACUACAUCACUGUAUAUUUUGCUAAAAUUAAUUGAAUGUCACGCACACAACAAUGCCUAACCAUGGAAGAAUAUUCGAUGAUCCAUAUCCCUAGACCAUGUUGCAAACUGAUAUUAUUUUCAUAACAAUCAACAAUGUAAUUUCAACAAUUGACAUUCAAUAUUACGUUAUUAUUCAAUAUUUUGCUACAGAUGUUGCAAAUUGUCUCUUUUUAGCAAAUUAUUUUUAGCAAACUUGGUAAACAUCAGAAACCAUAUUUGACAGUUCAAUCAGUCUACUCCGAUUGCACGAAUGCAUCUGUCAUUGCACUUUAUAACCUCUGUAUAAAAAUUAAGAAAAAAAAUGAUUUCUUCAACAUCUCUUCAUCUCUUGAAUGCAAAAUAUUUGUUUAACAUUUCUUUUAGCUAAAGUGUGUAAAGACAAUUUGCACAUAGGGAAUUUCGUAGUUUAGCACCAGUAGAGACACAACUAAAAGCGCAUACCUUAGAUUUAUUUUUAUGCAUAUUUACAAGUUACAAGCUAAUAGUUGUCACUUUCACGUGUUUAUUACACUGAUCAUACAAAGUUGUUAGUAACUAAAAAAUUACAUUUAUAUAUAUCUUAAUUGCGUUUUACAUUUAUAUACAACACGAAAUAUUUUUUAUUUACACAUAACAUGUCAGAUUUUAUCGAGAAUCAAGUUCAAUUAUUGCUUGCCGGACAAGCAUUAGAAAAUGAUGACAUAUGUAAUGUACAUACUUUGGCGAGUGACACCAUAGGUGCAAAAUCAGGUCAACUAACAGGAUAUGUUCCAAUUUGCUUAAAAACAGUGACAUACAUAGUUGCUGCUGUUGUUAUAAAUGAUCAAGGUGAAGUUUUAAUGAUGCAAGAAGCGAAAGCUUCUUGUUCCGGAAAAUGGUACUUACCAGCUGGUAGAGUGGAGAAGAAUGAAAACCUUAUAAGUGCUGUGAAAAGGGAAGUUUUGGAAGAGACAGGUCUAAUAAUAGCACCAACAUCUCUAAUAUUGGUAGAAUGUGCAAACGGUACAUGGUUUCGCUUUGUAUUUACUGGAGAUAUAGUUGGCGGUGUUCUAAAAACACCUGAUCAGGCAAAUGAGGAAUCAUUACAGGCAUGUUGGACACGAAAUAUAAAUGAUUUGCCACUAAGGUCUAAUGAUAUCAUAUAUCUCUUAGACAGAGGCAGAAGUUAUGUUUCAAAUAAAUCUACUUCUCAACAUCCCUAUUUAAUGCCUGUGAUUAAACCGCAUACAAAAUUAUUGUUGAGAGUAGUAGUCACAUCUAAAAAAAGGGCAACGAAUAGAUUACAUGUGCUUAUAUCUGACACUGAACAAUAUAAUCCACCAAUUUGUGAAAUUAAUCCAAAUCGUAAUUUACUGUCUACUUUGCAUAAUUUUAUGACCGAAAUAUUCGGAAGCGAUGUAGCACCACAUAAGCCACAUGGUUUGUUGUCUGUAGAAUUUAGUGGUGGACAAGGAGGAGAUGGUCUAUGCUUGACAUUAUUGGUAUCCUUCAAAUUGCCUUUGGAAGACGUACCUAUAAUUGGAAAAUAUAUUUGGCAUGAACUUUCUGAAAAUGUAGCAGAAGCUCUUUCAGCACGUCUACCACGAAACAUGACUGUUCCUUUAAAAGUCGUACGUUAAUUGCAUAACUGUUUCAGUAAUUAUAUUUAUUUAAUGCAAAUAAGCAGUAUAGUAAAGAGGGCUCAAAGAGGAA